GCCGGGGACGGCGGCGGGGACCCCAGCGCGGAGGGGCAGCCAGGCGGAAUUGAAACUGAAAUUAUUGACCCACUUCUCCAAGCCUUUUGAAAAGUGACUAAAUGCAACUGGGUCAGGCUGUCUGUGGGAAUGAAGUGGCUGGGAGAAUCCAAGAACAUGGUGGUGAAUGGCAGGAAAAAUGGAGGCAAGUUGUCUAAUGAACAUCAGCAGAAUGAGUCCAAGUUGCAGCACACUGGAAAGGAGAAUCCAAAGACUAGCAAAAAUGGAGUUGAGAGAAGAUCAAGCAGAUGUAGUGGUGCUUCAGGAUUUGAGGGCCAAAGUCGCUACGUGCCUUCCUCUGGAAUGUCUGCCAAGGAGCUGUGUGAAAAUGAUGACCUAGCAACUAGUUUGGUUCUUGAUCCCUAUUUAGGUUUUCAGACACACAAAAUGAAUACUAGGUUUCGACCUAUAAAAGGAAGGCAGGAAGAGUUGAAAGAGGUGAUUGAACGUUUUAAGAAAGAUGAGCACUUAGAAAAAGCCUUCAAGUCCUUGACGUCAGGUGACUGGGCCCGGCACUAUUUUCUUAACAAGAACAAAAUGCAGGAAAGGUUGUUCAAGGAACAUGUAUUUAUUUAUUUACGAAUGUUUGCAACUGACAGCGGAUUUGAGAUAUUGCCUUGCAAUCGAUAUUCUUCAGAGCAGAAUGGAGCCAAAAUUGUUGCAACAAAAGAGUGGAAACGAAAUGACAAAAUAGAAUUACUGGUGGGUUGUAUUGCUGAGCUAUCAGAAAUAGAAGAGAACAUGCUGCUCAGACACGGAGAGAAUGACUUUAGUGUCAUGUAUUCCACACGGAAAAACUGUGCUCAGCUAUGGCUUGGUCCCGCUGCAUUUAUCAACCACGAUUGCAGACCUAACUGUAAGUUUGUAUCAACUGGUCGAGAUACAGCAUGUGUGAAAGCUCUAAGGGAUAUUGAACCUGGUGAAGAAAUUUCUUGUUACUACGGGGACGGUUUUUUUGGAGAAAAUAAUGAAUACUGCGAAUGUUACACCUGUGAAAGACGUGGAACUGGUGCUUUUAAAUCAAGAGUGGGACUUCCAGCACCUACUCCUGUGAUCAAUAGCAAAUAUGGACUGAGAGAAACAGAUAAACGUUUAAACAGGCUUAAAAAGUUGGGUGACAGCAGCAAAAACUCAGACAGCCAGUCUGUCAGCUCUAACACUGAUGCAGAUACCACUCAGGAAAAAGCUAAUGCAACUAACAGAAAAUCUUCAAUUGGUGUAAAAAAGAACAGCAAGAGUAGAGCAUUAACAAGACAGUCUAUGUCAAGAAUUCCAGCUUCAUCAAAUUCUACCUCAUCUAAACUAACUCAUAUAAAUAAUUCCAGGGUACCAAAGAGACUGAAAAAGCCUGCAAAGCCUUUACUUUCAAAGAUAAAGUUGAGAAAUCAGUGCAAAAGGCUAGAGCAAAAGAAUGCCUCUAGAAAGCUUGAAAUGGGAAAUUUAGUUCUCAAAGAGCCUAAAGUAGUUCUAUAUAAAAAUUUACCUAUUAAAAAGGAUAAAGAAAUAGAGGGACCAGCUAAAGUUGCAGUCUCUAGCGGAUGCUUAACAAGACAUGCAGCAAGAGAAUAUAAACUGAAUUCUGUGAAAGGUGCUCAUGAGCAUGGUGAAAUAUCACCCUGCACAUACAUAACCAGGAGGUCAAUGAGAACAAGGAUGAAUUUGAAGGAGACCUCUGACAUAAAGCUUGAACCAAAUAUGUUGGAUACCUAUGGAAACAACUUGACGGGAACUCGAUCUGAUAUCUUACAACAGCAGUCUCAUGUGAUACAUGAAAAUGAACUGAUUCAUGGAACAUCAUAUAAAGGGGAGGUUAGAUAUCAGAAGCAUGAUAUGGGCAUAUCCAGAAAGAAAUCACGACAAGGAAAACUUGUGAAAUCAUCUGCAAAUAUAGAAGAAGCUGAUCCUACACAUAAUCCACCUGGCAAAGAUGAAGUACCAAUUUUGAUUAGUUCUCAUUCGGAACAUGGAGAAAGGAGUAAUGUAGUGGAUGCGGCCCUUGGAUAUAAGGAUGGUAUUCCUAUGUCUGGUGGCUGCUCCAUUGUUACAUCUGACAAUUUCAAAGCAAAGGACAGCUUUAGAACUGCUAAAAGUAAAAAGAAAAGACGAAUCACAAGGUAUGAUGCGCAAUUAAUCCUUGAAAAUAGUUCUGGGAUUCCCAAACUGACCCUGCGUAGGCGUCAUGAUAGCAGCAGCAAGGCAAACGACCAAGAAAAUGAUGGAAUAAACUCUUCAAAAAUAAGCAUCAAAUUAAGUAAAGACCAUGAAAAAGACAAUAACUUGUAUGUAGCAAAGCUAAAUAAUGGAUUUAACUCAGGAUCAGGCAACAGUUCAACAAAAUUAAAGAUACAACUAAAACGAGAGGAAGAAAACAGAGGGACAUAUUCUGAGGACCUUCAUGAAAAUGGCAUGUGUUGUAGUGAUACUCUCUCUCUCUUGGAGUCAAGAAUGGAAGUGGAUGAUUACAGUCAGUAUGAGGAGGAAACUGCAGAUGAAUCUUCAUCAGAAGAGGAAGAGGAGGAGGAGGAGGACUAUGAUGAUGAAUUUGAAGAUGAUUUUAUUCCUCUUCCUCCAGCUAAGCGAUUAAGGCUUAUAGUUGGCAAGGAUUCAAUAGACAUUGAUAUUUCUUCUAGAAGAAGAGAAGAUCAGUCUUUGAGGCUCAAUGCAUAAGCUUAUAGGUCUUAAACUGACCAGGAUGUCCAUUUUUAAACAAGCAAACAAAAAAAAUUCCAUUCAAUUAUUCCUCAACCGAAGAACUUUCUGAAAAUUUUAGUAACAGCACUUCUUUAUUGUUUAUUCACUUAUCAACAUACUAUUGUAGAAAGUGUACAGAAUACUGACUCUUCUUAAGUCUGAUUUGUGCAGAUUUUUAUUGUACUUUUUAAUAGCCUCCUUAUGUGCAAUUCUGAGUUAGAAUAAGAGGUAAUGCUCUGUUGUAAAAUAAAGGCUCAAGCAAAAUUAUAAAAUUACAUCAAAACUUUCCAUGCAGGACAAUGAGAACACAAUAAUGUGGCUACACAAUUAUUUUUAACCUAUAAGGGCAUUAGUUUGCUCUUACAAUAUCUGACUAAACAGUAAUUUAAAAAAAUCAUAGUAGCAGCAUAUUAAAGUUUUCUAGUAUAUGUUAAUAUCACCAGCAAUGAUCUACGGCUUUUCAAUUUAUUUGCUAGAUGUUUUUCCCCCUUGAAGUUUGUCAGUUUUAACACUGUAUGCUGUCCCCGACGUACUGUUUGUGGCCUUUGUUAUAGUAGCAAACCGUUGGUUGGAAGUCAAAUUGAUUUCU